AUCACCAGGGACAAAACUGGGCCCCCAUUGUAUUGCGUGCAGAUUGUACUCCACAGGAACCUGCCUGAUCCAGAGAGGGUUGGGGUCAUUCACUGCAGGAAAGGCUCGAUUUAAACAAAGCCCCCAUUUAGAUAGGCACCAGCUGAGCUGUUUGCAGAGACUUUAUCAUCCCUUCUGGCUGUUUCCUUGGAAACCACUGUAAGAAUAAAAGAAUGUUACAAACUGCCCAGGCCUAAAUGUUUUAUCUCAACUCCCCAAGCUUCCCCCGCCAGGGAUAGGAACAAAGGGAACAAAGCCCUUAAGGCUGUUCCAGGAAAUAGCCCUAGACACAAAGAGCAGGCUGAGCAAGCCAUACUCUGAUCAACCGUUGAGAUAAACAGGAUGUGAAAUUACCAGGAGGGACUGAUGACUAACUCUCAAGCCCUGUCAGGACACAACCCAGACCCCUUUGGAAUUCCUUUGUUCCCCUCUUUCCCCUUCUGCGUGUAACCCCUCCCGAUGUGUGGUUUUUGCCUAUAUAUACUUGUAAGACUUUCUGCUCGGGGCUCGACUCCUCUGCUCCUGCGUGAGUUACGAGUUGAGCCCCAGCGCGCUGGAAUAAAGCCUCUUGCUGUUUGCAUCAAGUGACGCCUCUUGCGGUUGAUUGGGGUUGCCGUCGAUCCAAGGGACAGAGAAAGGACUCCCCUGGGGUCUUACAUUUGGGGGCUCGUCCGGGAUUAGACGACCACCCCUCAUCCGCGGAGUCGACCUUGGAGGUAAGAAGGGGUACCCCGAGGUUGUUUGUCUUUGUCUUGUGUUUGUUGGGCGGUCUGGAUCUGUGUGCGCGCUUUCGGUUUUGCAGCCGUUCGGCAACUCGUGAGGGUGGCCGAACAGUGGUCGGUAGACGUGCCUGGAGGACCACAGGUUGCAGCCCUGGGGGACGCCCCAAGGGUGGAGGAGAGCCAGGGACGGCUGCUAGUCUCCUACUGUAAGGGCGCCGAUCAGGUUCGGCUGUUGGAUCAGAAAUUGUCCAGAUCGCGCCCAUCUGAUUCCGUUACAAGUUUGUGGCGGAAAAGGUGGGUUAAGUGGGCCCUCGUGUCUGUAACAUUUUUGAUAUUUGUGUUGUUAACGAUGUACAAACUGACGAUGGGACAGACUGUGACAACCCCUCUUAGUUUGACCUUAGACCAUUGGACUGAAGUUAAGGGAAGAGGUCGCGACCUAUCAGUUGAGAUCAGGAAAGGUCCAUGGCGGACCUUCUGCUCCUCAGAAUGGCCUACUUUUAAUGUAGGGUGGCCAAAAGAAGGGACCUUCGACCUAUCUGUUAUUUUUGCUGUUAAGAAGAUUGUUUUUCAGAGAGAACCUGGAGCCCAUCCGGAUCAACAGCCCUACAUCGUGGUCUGGCAGGACCUGGUGCAAAACCCGCCCUCCUGGGUUCGACCUUGGGUUGCAAAACCCAAGCCCCGGCUGGACGCUCGAGUUCUAGCUAUCCAAUCUCCCAGUCCUGGGGGAGAUACCAGCCCCCCGGACCCCCCCAAGAAGAUUUAUCCAGAAACCCAGGCCGACCUCCUCCUCCUUGACCCACCACCCCCAUAUCCUCCUGCCUUAGUUCCGGUCGAGGGUCGAGAGGAGCCAGAGGUAUCGCCGGCCCCUGAGGUUGCCCCUUCCGCUCCCUCGGCUGAGCCUCUGUCGGGGCCGGCCCAUGGCACCAGGAGCCGCGACCGCUGGCAGUCCCCUGACACCACCGUCGCCCUUCCCCUAAGAGCUUAUGGGCCCCCGCCGGUGGUGACGGAAGGAGGACCGGCUCCUCUUCAGCCCCUCCAGUACUGGCCUUUCUCCUCCGCUGACUUGUAUAACUGGAAGACUAAUCAUCCUCCCUUUUCAGAGGACCCUCAGCGCUUAACUGGGCUGGUGGAGUCCUUAAUGUUCUCUCAUCAGCCCACAUGGGAUGAUUGCCAGCAGCUGCUGCAGACCCUUUUCACUACUGAGGAGAGGGAGAGAAUCCUAUUAGAGGCGAGGAAGAAUGUGCCGGGAGCAGAUGGACGGCCCACUCAGCUCCCCAACAUCAUCGAAGCUGCCUUUCCUCUCUCUCGGCCUGAUUGGGAUUUCAACACGGCAGAAGGUAGGGAGCGACUGACCGUCUAUCGCCAGACUCUAGUGGCCGGCCUCCACGGGGCAGCAAGACGCCCCACUAAUUUGGCUAAGGUAAGAGAGGUUAUCCAGGGGGCCACGGAACCCCUGUCGGUAUUUCUUGAGCGCUUAAUGGAAGCUUUCAGGCGCUACACCCCGUUUGACCCCACCUCAGAGGGGCAGAGGGCUUCCGUGGCCAUGGCUUUUAUAGGACAGUCGGCAUUAGACAUUAAGAGAAAAUUGCAGAGGAUAGAAGGAUUACAGGAUUAUACCCUACAGGAUUUAGUUAAGGAGGCAGAGAAAGUGUAUCAUAAGAGGGAAACUGAGGAGGAAAGAGAGCAGAGAAAAGAAAAGGAGAGAGAGGAGAGAGAAAACAAGCGGGAUCGUAAGCAGGAGAAGAAUCUGACACGGAUUUUGGCCGCAGUGGUAGGUGAGAGAGGACAGGAACAAACCCAGAGUAGGGCUAAAAGGUCAGGCAACCUGGGCAACCGCACCCCAUUAGACAGAGAUCAGUGCGCCUACUGCAAAGAAAAAGGUCACUGGGCUAGGGAGUGCCCUAAGAAGAAAAAGAACGGGUCCUCCAAGAAGGUAUUAGCCCUGGAAGAGGAAGAGGACUAGCGGGGACGGGGCUCGGAACCGCUCCCCGAGCCUAGGGUAACAUUAGAGGUGGAGGGGAGGCCAGUUGAGUUCCUAGUAGACACUGGGGCUCAGCACUCGGUCCUACUCGAACCAGCUGGACCUGUUUCCCACAAGAAAUCGUGGGUCAUAGGAGCCACAGGGCACCAGCAGUACUCAUGGACUACCCGAAGAACAGUAGACUUAGGAACGGGAUGGAUAACCCACUCGUUUCUGGUCAUCCCCGAGUGCCCUGCACCUCUACUUGGGAGAGAUCUCCUAACCAAAAUGGGAGCCCAGGUUACCUUCACCCCCGAUGGCCUGGAGGUGACUCAAAGCAGGGGAAUGGCCACCGCUUUGACCAUACGCCUAGAUGAUGAACAUAGACUUUUUGAAAACCAGGGAGCAGAAAUAAACCACAUAAAUGACUGGUUAAACAGGUAUCCGGGAGCGUGGGCCGAGACGGCUGGAACAGGACUAGCUACAGAAAGGCCACCCGUAGUCAUAGAGCUUAAGGCCACUUCCACUCCUGUGGCCGUGCGCCAAUACCCCAUGACUAAGGAGGCCCGAGAGGGGAUUAGGCCCCAUAUUCAGUGCCUCCUCCAGCAAGGCAUCCUAGUAAAGUGUCAGUCGCCAUGGAACACUCCCUUGUUGCCUGUUAAGAAGCCCGGCUCAGGAGAUUAUCGCCCGGUACAGGACUUAAGGGAAGUAAACAAGCGGGUACAGGACAUCCACCCCACAGUACCUAACCCUUACAACUUGUUGAGCUCUCUUCCCCCGGAUCAUAUUUGGUAUACUGUCUUGGAUUUAAAGGACGCUUUCUUCUGCCUGCGACUGCACCCCUCCAGCCAGAACAUUUUUGCAUUCGAGUGGAGGGACCCUGACUCUGGGACUACAGGACAACUGACUUGGACCCGAUUACCCCAGGGGUUCAAGAAUUCCCCGACCCUCUUCGAUGAAGCUCUUCACCAAGAUUUAGCCCACUUCCAUGCCAGCCAUCCCCAGGUAACACUUCUGCAGUAUGUGGAUGACUUACUACUAGCCGGGGCCACAGAGGAAGAGUGCCAACGGGGCACGGGACUACUGCUGGAAGAACUCGCCCGCCUAGGAUAUCGGGUCUCCGCCAAGAAGGCCCAGAUCUGCCAAAGAGAGGUAGCGUACCUGGGGUACGCCCUCAAAGGGGGGCAGAGGUGGCUAACGGAGGCCAGGAAACAGACUGUGACUCAGAUACCCGUUCCUCGCUCACCCCGUCAGGUGCGAGAAUUUUUAGGGACUGCGGGGUUUUGCCGCUUAUGGAUCCCCGGGUUCGCUACCCUGGCAGCCCCCCUCUAUCCUCUGACUAGAGAGGGUGCCCCGUUUGAGUGGGGUAACGGCCAACAGCAGGCCUUUGAUGACAUCAAGAAGGCAUUACUGUCAGCCCCGGCCCUGGCAUUACCGGACGUAGCAAAGCCCUUCGUCCUAUAUGUGGACGAGAGAGGGGGAGUAGCCCGAGGGGUGCUGACCCAGCCUCUAGGGCCAUGGAAGAGGCCGGUAGCCUACCUCUCCAAGAAGCUAGAUCCUGUUGCUAGUGGUUGGCUUGCCUGUCUGAGGUCCGUGGCGGCAGUGGCAGUGUUGGUGAAAGAUGCUGACAAAUUAACUAUGGGACAAAAGCUAACGGUCAUUGCCCCCCACUCCUUGGAGAGCAUCAUCAGGCAGCCCCCUGAUCGGUGGCUGUCCAACGCCCGCAUGACACACUACCAGAGUCUCCUACUGAAUGGAGACAGGAUCCAGUUCGGGCCGCCUGCCAUCCUCAACCCGGCUACCCUACUACCCGACACGUCCACCCAGGAGAGUGUGCUGCACACCUGUCAAGAGAUACUGGCAGAGGAAACGGGGACCCGAAGGGACCUCCGAGACCAGCCCUUGCCAGACGCUCAGCUGACCUGGUUCACUGAUGGAAGCAGCUACAUAAUAGAAGGUAAAAGGGUGGCCGGGGCGGCGGUGGUGGACGAUGAGCAAAUUAUCUGGGCAAGCAGCCUACCCGAAGGGACGUCGGCUCAGAAGGCCGAGUUACUAGCUCUGACUCAGGCCCUACGAAUGGCCGAAGGGAAGAAGAUUAAUAUCUAUACUGAUAGCAGGUAUGCCUUUGCUACUGCCCAUGUCCACGGGGCUAUCUAUCGGCAGCGGGGACUACUAACCUCAGCAGGGAAAGAAAUCAAAAAUAAGAAAGAAAUUCUAAGCCUGUUAGAGGCCGUUCACCUUCCUAAGGAAGUGGCAAUUAUCCACUGUCCCGGACAUCAGAAAGGAGGGUCCAGAGUUGCCGGAGGGAACCAAAGGGCUGACAGAGAGGCCAAGCGGGCGGCUCAGGGACUCAACAUCCUAUCCUUGUCUGAGGAAAAAUCGAGGUCUCACCCUGAGGAUAUGGUAUACCCCUCUAUCAGGAACUUUGAUUAUUCAGGACCAGACCUUGAAAGAAUGGACAGAUUAGGAUUUCGCCUGGAGACCCCAGAGGGGAUCCGAAAAACCUCAGAAGGAAAAAGAAUCCUUCCUGAAAAACAGGCUGUCAUUUUCCUCAGACACCUUCAUAAGUUAACUCAUCUGGGCUCAAGACAUUUAAAAACUAUUGUCCAGUCUUCACCGUAUUAUAUUAUGAAACUAGGGGAGCUCGCCGAUACAACCGUAAAAGAGUGCAAGCCUUGCCAGAUGGUGAACGCCCAGCCCAGCAAGCUAUCCCAGGGCAAACGGCUCCGAGGAGACCGCCCUGGGAGUUACUGGGAGGUAGACUUUACUGAGGUAAAGCCAGCCAGGUAUGGAUACAGAUACUUAUUGGUAUUCAUAGAUGCAUUUUCAGGAUGGGUCGAAGCCUUCCCUACCAAGAAAGAGACUGCUCAGAUGGUGGCCAAGAUAAUACUAGAAGACAUCUUCCCGAGAUUCGGGGUGCCUAAGGUAAUCGGGUCGGACAACGGCCCGGCGUUUGUUGCCCAGGUAAGUCAGGGACUGGCCAAAAUCCUGGGGCUUGAUUGGAAAUUACAUUGUGCUUAUAGGCCCCAAAGCUCAGGGCAAGUAGAAAGAAUGAAUAGAACUUUAAAAGAGGUCAUGACUAAAUUAUCCGUAGAGACUGGCAUAACAGACUGGACAGUCCUCCUUCCCUUUGCCUUAUUCCGGGUCCGCAAUACCCCCGGCCCCCUCAAACUAACUUCUUUUGAAAUCCUUUACGGGACCCACCCCCGACUCAUUGCCAUGCAGCACCUUCCCUCCCCAGAAUCUUACUCCUCUCAAUCUCUGUACACCAGAUUAAAAGCCCUUGAAACUGUGCAGAGAGAAGUGUGGAGUCGGUUGGCCGAGGCAUACAAACCUGGGGACCUGCAAGUACCUCACCAGUUCCAGGUUGGAGACUCGGUGUACAUCCGGCGCCACCGCGCGGCCAGCUUAGAACCGAGGUGGAAAGGACCAUAUAUAGUGCUGCUCACGACUCCGACGGCGGUGAAGGUGGAUGGCGUCGCCGCUUGGAUCCACGCUUCGCAUGUCAAGUCCGCGCCACCACCCGGGCCAACGUGGAAAGUGGAAAAGAUGGACAACCCCCUCAAGCUCCGCGUUCGCCGUGUUCCUGUUCCUACUGAUGCACCUUCCACCGAUGAGUAGUCCUAACCCUCAUGCCCCCCAACGACUCACUUGGCAGGUCCUCUCCCAGACUGGGGACGUAAUAUGGAGCACCACCGAGGAGAAACCCCUUUGGGCUUGGUGGCCGUCCCUAACCCCAGACAUUUGCGCCUUGAUAGCUGGCUUAGACAACUGGGAUAUCCCUAGUAUCACCCACCAGGAGGCGAA